AUGAAAACCCAACAAGUCCAAGAUACAGGUAGUGAGUUGAAGUCAUCAAUGGAGAAAGAAAUAAGCGCAGACAACGAACAAGUUGAAAACAAUCCUGCAUUGGACAUUCCUCAUCGUAGCUGGCAAUUGGCUAUCAGUCAAGAUCAAACAGACUCUCAGGGGAAUCCCCAACCAACAUUAGUUGCUUAUCCAAACUCACAGACACAGUCACAGAGGCUACCACAAUCUUUUGUGAAGCCACAGACUUGCCUUCAGUCUAGUGAUAUCUGGCACACCACACCCCUCCCUGGUUCCACCCAGGUUAUCCCCCAGAUGCCAACUUUCUUGAAUUAUAACAACAAUUCUUCAGCAGAUGAAGAAGAAUGCACCCAUGUUCAGCGCCCCUCUGUGGGUCUUAUUCAGCAGGUGGUAGAAUGUUUUAAACAGAGCUCCAAGACUGAAAUGUUACCUUCACAGGUUUAUCUUGAAAUGGAGAAAGUAUUUCCUUAUUACAAACAUAUCAUUGGACAGAAGAGAAAGAGUUGGAAGAGUUCUGUACGUCAUGCCUUGACCACACCACGCUUUAAAUCACGUAAGAUCAACCAAGAGGAAAAACCAACAACCAAGAGAGGGUGUCUCUGGUCUCUGAAUGAAGACUAUGAUGAAAAUGCUCCAGUCCCCAAAGCCCCUAGAUGUCGUAGAACACCAAACCCUCUCAGGGUCACUCGCCGCAAACAGCGCUUUCUUGGGAACACCCGAACAGACUAUGUACCACCACCACUCUACCACGUGAACAGGACCGCUCCAACAUUUUUCCAGUCACAACAUGUUGCCCAACGAUAUCCUUAUAUUGAGUUAGCAGACACAACACCAAUGCAGUCGACUUUCUCUCCCGGUCCCACUGGCCCCAUUCACACUGGUGGAGGUAACAUGUACUAUCAGCCGUAUCGUGCUCCUACAGUAGGCUAUGUCAUAGCUGGUCAGAAGAUGGCAAUGCCUCAGACCAUGCAACCUGUUAAUAUGGGACAGUGGAAUGUAUCUGGAUUCUCAGCUUGUAAUCAGCAGCAGUUUAUACCAAAUAAUGCAGCUUACUUUGGAGGGAACAGUGCAGUGAUUCAGGGUAAUCAACAAGGUAUGACCCAAGCUUUUGGCCCUACUGCAGUGCCAAAUGGUCUCCAUGCUAAUCAGAAUAACAACACUGCCACAGUUCAAGGACAACAACAGUCUUCAAGCCAACCUACCCCUGUAUCUAUUCGAAUGGCAGACAAUAGUCAAACUCAAGAUAUCUCCAUGUCUGAUGUGAUUCAAACCAAUGAAGAAAUAGCAGAACAAAACCAAGAAUUCAACAGCAACCAGAGUGAGAGCCAAGUCCAUGAUGAAAUUAAGAAAGAAUUGAGAAGCUUGGUCUAUGAAUCACUAGACAUCUGCAACUCAGAAGGUCAAAGGUCAAAUCAGGAUUGUGAGGAAGUUGCAGUAUCUGCACAGACAGGUCAAGAGGUCAGCACACAGGUACUUCAAGUCAACAGAAGUCCAACCUGGACCAAGUCUAGACCACCACACCAUGCCCAAGGAGGCUUUCACAACUAUGCCUGGUCUCCCUUAUCACACCAGUCCCAAACCUACCAAGGACCUAUAGUAAUGACAUCUCAGACUAGAGGAGACAAGCCACAGAACCUGGACAAGGAUCAAGAUAAUGGAGAGAAUACAGAACUAAUCGAAGCUAGGAUCAUCAAAGAUAUUGAUGGCCAGGUAGUAGUACAUGCUUCCAUCUCAAAUGAAAGUCUUGAUCAAGAGUAGAUCUGUU